AUAUAAUUUAUAAUUUGUGUGUUAAAAUAAUUAUAAUUUGUGCGUUAAAAUUAAUGCCUAAUAAACAUAGAUUUUAUAAUCAAAAAUAUAAUCAAUAAAUAACUAUUCAGGAACUCUUCAGGAAUUUUCUACAAUUCCUAUAAUGGAAGGUUACUACACUAAUUAUGAAGGCCUGGUGAUUGUACAUGAAAGCCAAAUGUGGUUAUCAGAUAGGAUGUUAGCAAAAAUAAUUGAUGAUAUAAUGUUGGAUAAUUUAGCAAGUAUACCCAAUGUGAAGCAGUUACCGGAAGAAGAAAUUAAUUUACCAUUUCGUGCUCCAUUUAACAAAAACAAACGUUUUCCAGAGGUUGGGAAAUAUAUUAGAAUUUGUGUGUUUUCUCAAUUGUAUGCACUUUUUUCUCAAAUUCAAUUUAUUGAUAAACCGAACCGGAAGCAAAAUAAUUUAGACGUAGCAAGAAGUAUGACGUCUACAUUUCAAUAUGUUCAAAUGAUUGAUCGACUAUCAUUUGAAAAAAUGCAUGAAAUUCUGUGGAAAAAGGAUUCAAAUAACCAAGACACAGCUGAAGAAAAUGGUUAUUAUACCCCGUACGAAGGUACGAUGUUCUUAUAUGAAAGACAAAUAUGGUUCUCGGAUAAAAUGUUUGCAAAAAUUUUGAAUGAAAGAACAUGUGGUAAAGUAAUUUCGGUACCCGAUUUCACUAUGCCAGCAAUGAGUGAAAAAAAUUUGCCAUUUCGUGCACCAUUUUCAGAAAAUAAGCGUUUUCCAUCAAUUGGAAAAUAUAUUCAAGUUAACAACAAUAAUAGUGAGUGGAGAGAGGCAUUGACUAAUCCAGGUACAAAAGCUAUGGACCUUUUUAAUAGAAGAAACUGUGUGUUUAAUCGUCAAUCAUUUGAAGUCUUGAUGGAAAUUAAAUGGAUACCAAAACCUUUGGCGGAGACAGCAACAAAAAAUGAUUCCACUAUGAAAAGCAAUGUUCACGACGUAGAUUAAGUGCUAAAAAUUUGUGCCUAGAUAGGAUAAUAAUUAAGAUACAGACUGUCUAAAAUUCAAGGAACUAUUUUUCUUUAAAUUUUCAAUUUUAAUUAAAAUAUUUUGUUAGUUUGAUAAAUGCAUCAAUGUUUUUGAAUUUUCAUUUCAUAAAUGCUUCAAUAUUUCUGUUUAAUUUAUACGGAAAUUUUACAAUUUUCAAGCUAUGCAGAUUUAAAAAAAACUAAAGAAAAUAAAACAGGGUUAAUAAAGUUAAAAGGGUCCAGCAUAUUUUGACCUUCCUGAAGCAUACGAGAAACACCAACAUUGAAUAAUUGAAUUAAUAAAGAAUACUUACAUAAAAAUAUUGU